GCGAUGGAGGUGGUAACUGAGGAUUCAGAGUACGAUGGCUGUGUGACUAUUUGCAGUGGGCUUCGUACAGGGACUGCACUGGAAGUUGACCUGGCAGGGCUAGAGGCGAGUCCUAGAGAGGGAAAAAUAGGACUGUUACAUGCAGCCAUAGAGGAUGGAGAGACUGGAGGGGGACCCAUGGAGAAUACCCCAACAUUACCUGGAUACACAAAGGAUGAGCUUCGUCAGUUUCAGGAUGCAGAUCCGACCAUCAGUGUGCUCAAGAGUUUCUGGGACAAGAAGAGGAAACCCACAAAUCGUGAGAGAAAGCACUUGUCCAGACCGUUGAGGAUGUUGCUUAAGCAGUGGGACAAGAUCCAAGAGAAAGAAGGGCUGAUGUACAGAACGAUUGAUGAUGUGUUCAAUGGGGAAUGCCAACAGUUGCUGCUCCCUACAUGUCUGGUCGAAAUGGUGUUGCGAAGUGUUCAUGACCAGAUGGGGCAUCAAAGCGUGAAGAGGACGCUGGCCCUGCUCAAGCAGCGUUGUUAUUCGGUUGGAAUGUAUAACGCUGUGGAUAAGUGGGUGAAGGAGUGCCAGCGGUGCGUGCUAGCCAAAAUGCCGCAGCCCAAGAUUCAGGCACCUUGGACCCCAUUCUUGGCUUCUCAUCCACUGGAAGUGGUCGCAAUGGAUUUCACCACAUUGGAACCUGCAUCGGAUGGACAGGAGAAUGUCCUGGUUGUGACAGAUGUAUUCACUAAGUUCAGCCAGGCAUUCCCCACCCGCAAUCAGAAGGCGGACACUACCGCUAAGAUCCUUCUGAAGGAAUGGUUCCUCAAGUACGGUGUGCCUCAGCGUCUUCAUUCAGACCAGGGGAGGAACUUCGAGAGUGCCGUUAUUGCAGAGCUCUGUAAACUGUAUGGGGUGAGAAAGUCCUGCACUACGCCACAUCACCCCCAGGGAAAUGCACAGUGUGAGAGAUUUAACAGAACUCUGCAUGACCUCUUGCGUUCCUUGCCACCUGACAAGAAACAAAAAUGGCCAGAGUACUUACCUGAGCUGGUGUACGCCUAUAAUGUGACACCUCAUUCCUCCACUGGUUACUCCCCUUACUACAUGCUGUUUGGUAUGCAGCCACACUUACCAGUAGAUGCCUUGUUGGGCCAGGAGCCAGUGCAAGAGAAGGAGCCUGCCUGGUUGUCUGUCCAUAAGGAGCGGCUUCGGGAUGCUCAUACCCGGGCACGUGAGUAUGCUGAAAGGAAGGCAGCAGACCGAGUUGCCAAGCGUGAGAGUGGGGUAUACUGUCCAGAGGUUGCAGUUGGUCAGCAGGUGUUCUUACGAUAUCGUCCCCCAGGAAGGAACAAGAUACAGGACGCCUGGGCACCCACAGCCUAUAAGGUGGUGGAGGUGCAUGGUACGACCUACACUGUGGAGCCAGUGAGAGGCGGUCCUGCAAAAAGAGUACAUAGAUCCGACAUUAGGCCCUGUCCGAGACCACUCCCAAUGCCACGGAGAAAAGUGAGACCUAUAGAAGAAGUACCUACCUUCGUGUUGGUAGAAGAGAUGCCUUCGUUAGAUGCAGAAUGUGUCCUUGUGGAAGAAACCAGAUGGUCGGAGGAGGAUCCAGUGGACCUGGUGCUUGAGGAGUCACCGCAGCCAGAUGUGGAACCAGACAAUUGUGCUGGGCCUGGAGUGGAAGAAGCACGAGGAAUAUAUAAUGAUGCACAAGGGAAUAAUGAGGCAAGUGCUGUUGAAGAGCUCUAUCUGCCUGAUACUGAAAGAACUGAUUCACCUUUGGAUGUGGUUUUGUCUAGGCCAGUUCCUGUUCCCCGAAAGCCGAGAGAAAAAAGUGCUGUACCCCAUCCUACGCCACGCAGGACCCAGCGGCCAACAGCUGGUGUUCAUGGUAAUCCAAACAGACUGCCUAAAUCUGCUUGUAAUGCUGUGUCCUUCAGUCCCGAUGUCCUUUCCCAAGUGUUAGCGGGUAUGGUCUUGUACACAUCCGGUAAACUACAAGGAGUAAUGGAUGAUUGAAAGGUGUUUGCAGUCAUCGAGGACGUUGACUGUAGGCAGGGGAGAGUGUAAC